CCCCCCCAAAAAAAAGCAUGAAAGCGAAGCAUUUUUUUUUCUUUUUCACAUGCAAUCAAUGUCUUUCUUCCUUACUACGCCAGGGCUUUCUUAGUUUAUGCACGAGUUUGCUUUUGCUGCAUGUAGGAGUUUGAUUUUGCUGGAAGGCGGAGUUACGUUGUGGUUUUUUUUUUGGGGGGGGUUGGCGUCUUCUAGGUUUGGUGUCACUGCGCGAGGUUUUGUGACCCCCCCCAAAAAAGCAGUUUCCGUAUUAAAAUAAAAAGGUUAUCUCCUAUUUUACGUUGUUCGUCCUUCGCUAUCACGUCGGCUUUAUUGCAUUUUCUGCGAUGUGGAACAUUCAUAUUAAAGUGUGUCAAAGCUUAAAUAUGUGUUUGUCGGUAAAAUGUUUUGGGGUUUUUGGUUAAAAUAUUGUACAUUUUCUUAAGAUGUGUUGAAAUGACUACAUUUAAAGACCACCCACCGCGCUGCUCAUGCCUAAUGUUUAAUACGUAGAUUGCUGGGACCUACUUCAUUGCUUUUAACGCAGAUCAACUCGAAGAACAGCUCGGAAAUGCGAUCUGAUAAAUAUCUAGCCAUGGAGUCCUCCUUACAGGAACAUACAGGAAAUUUCAAAUCACAACUUAUUUACUAAUUGACAUUUUCCUGCUGGUGAAAAUUUCACUGAUGUGUCAGGCAGGCGCUUGUAUGAGAACCCAGAAACCAAGUCCAGCAGUAAAGUAUGCAUACCGUUAUGCGCUGGCGUGAGAGGCUUCACUGGGAAUUGCAGGUCACCCAGCCUCAGGCCCCCAGCAAUGGCCGAAUCCAGCACCUCCAAAAAAGAGUCUUCUGACGAGGAGCCCAACUGCAGCAAGAGCAGAAUCAAAGAGGAGGAACACCACCUGAGCGAUGAACCCAAGAAGAAGCUGAAGGUGAAGCACGAGCACUGCGUGGCUGCAGGCUACCCACAAGUGGACUUCUGGUUCUGUGAAGAGUGUAAGGAGUAUUUUGUGGAGGAAUGCCCGGCACACGGCCCUCCCGUGUUUCUGCCGGACACGCCUAUAGCUGUGGGGGUGCCCCGCCGUGCAAGCCUGACGGUCCCCCCAGGAAUCGAGGUGAUUCAGGAGCCAGGUGGCGAGACAGAUGUGUGCUGCGUGGACAAGGUGUUCAGGAAAGGCGUGCUGUUUGGCCCAUAUGAGGGAGAGGUGGUUGCGCAAGAUAAGUCGUCUGGAUUCUUCUCCUGGAUGAUUGUUGACAAAAACAACCGAUACAAGUCAAUUGACGGCACUGAUGAAACUAAAGCAAACUGGAUGAGGUACGUGAUGAUCUCUCGGGAGGAGAACGAACAGAACCUGAUGGCCUUCCAGCACGGCGAGGAGAUCUACUUCCGCGCCUGCCGGGACAUCACGGCGGGCGAGAGGCUGCGCGUAUGGUACAGUGCCGAGUACAUGAGGAGGCUGCACAGCAUUUCCCAGGAGAGCAUCGACCGCAACCUGGUGGGAGGGAGGCCGACGGCCGAGAAACCGGACGAGCCGUCGGGAAAUCUGGAAGACGCGAAGGGGUCGGUUCUGAGGUCGGCCCUCCGCGGGGGGCGGUCCCUCGGGAAACGGGGGGCCGAGGAUGGAGACGGCCAGCACCCCGCCAAGAAGAAGAAAAUCGACCUCAUCUUCAAGGACGUCCUGGAGGCGUCUCUGGAGGAGUCCAAGCGCGCGGGGACCCCCCUGUCCGCGAACAGCACUUUCCCUCUGCGGAAGACGAGGGGGAGCCGUGGCGGAGAGCUCCACGAGCGGCCCAAGGCGGCGCCGGCGGCGGGAUGCUCUUACCUGGGCCUCGCCAGGCUGAAGACGGAAAGCAGAUCGCCGGACCGGGCGGGAGGCUGCCGACAGGCCGAAAACGAAGCGGAGGCGGACGCGGGCCGCGUGAAGGUGGAGGACGCGGACGGCAGCCCCCGUGCGGCGGCCGACGGGCCGCCCGACGCGAGCCCCUCGACUUCUUUUUGCCCCAACUGCGUGAAGCUCAGGAGGAAGAUCAGGGAGCUCGAGGCCGAGCUGGACAGGCUGAGGUCCGGGCAGCCACCCGAACCUCCCUGUCAGCCAUCGCUGCCCGAACUGUCUCAGCUUGAAGAGCUACAAGCCUCAGAAGCGAUGACUCCCAUUCCCAUCGUCAUGGAUGACGACGACCCGGAUGUGGACUCGGCGGAUGAAUCCAUCGCCACCGAUCUCAUGGUGACCACCGAUGAGUCCUCUAAGCUGUCCAGUGGCCCCGGUCGCCGGAUCCGACGUUUCAAGCAGGAGUGGCUGAAGAAGUUCUGGUUCCUGCGUUACUCCCCAACCCUGAACGAGAUGUGGUGCCACGUGUGCCGCCAGUACACUGUCCAGUCCUCCAGGACCUCCGCUUUCAUCAUCGGGUCCAAGCAGUUCAAGAUCCACACCAUCAAGCUGCACAGCCAGAGCAACCUGCACAAGAAGUGCCUGCAGCUCUACAAGCUGAGGAUGCACCCGGAGAAGACGGAGGAGAUGUGCAGGAACAUGACCCUGCUCUUCAACGCCGCCUACCACCUGGCUCUGGAAGGGAGGCCGUUUUCGGACUUCAGGCCCCUGGCGGAGCUCCUGAAGAAGUGCGAGCUGAAAGUGGUCGACCAGUACAUGAACGAGGGCGACUGCCAGAUUCUCAUCCACCACAUCGCGCGGGCUCUGAAGGAGGACCUCAUCGAGAGGAUCCGGCAGUCCCCAUUCCUCAGCGUCAUCAUGGACGGCCAGAACGAUGACCUGCUGGCCGACACGGUGGCCGUCUACGUGCAGUUUACCACCAGCGACGGCCCCCCCGCGACAGAAUUCCUGUCCCUGCAGGAACUGAGCUGCGCCACCACUGACGGGUACCUCCAAGCUAUUGACAGAGCCUUUGCUGUCUUGGGGAUGAGACUGCAAGAUGUGCUGAUUGUGGGCUUGGGCAUCGAUGGAUCCAAUAUCUCCUCAGGUUUGAGGUCCAACCUCUACAUCACGGUGAGGAAGACUCUUCCUUGGGUGCUUUGCCUUCCGGUCAUGAUCCACCGACCCCACCUGGAAGUCCUGGAUGCCAUCAGCGGGAAGGAGCUCUCUUGCUUGGAGGACCUGGAGAAUAAUUUAAAGCAACUGCUCAGCUUUUACCGCUAUUCCCCUCGAAUGAUGGCUGAGCUGAGGGCGACUGCGCCCACGCUCUCCGAGGAAACGGAGUUCCUUGGGGAUAUCAGAGCUGUCCGGUGGAUCAUUGGGGAGCCAAAUGUCUUAAAUGCUUUGAUAAAGGAUUACCUGGAGGUUGUGGCCCAUCUCAAGGAGAUCAGCAGCCAGACCCAGAGAGCAGAUGCUGCAGCCAUUGCCCUGGCUUUGCUGCAGUUCCUCAUGGACUACCAGUCCGUGAAGCUCAUCUACUUUCUGUUAGACAUCAUCGCAGUUCUCUCCCGUUUGGCUUUCGUCUUCCAAGGGGAUUACCUGUUGGUAUCUCAAGUGGAUGCCAAGAUUGAAGAGGCAGUGCAGGAGAUCGGGAGGCUGACUGAUUCCCCAGGGGAAUAUUUGCAGGAAUUCGAGGAGAGCUUCAGGGAAAGCUUUAAUGGUGUGGAUCUGAAGAACCUGAGGGUUGCCGAAUCCAAGUUUCAGUCCAUCAGGGAAAAGAUCUGCCAGAAGACCCAGGUGAUCCUGGCUCAACGGUUCGAUUGCAGAAGCCGGCCGAUCGUCAAGGCUUGCCAAGUUCUUGACCUCACCACAUGGCCGAGGAGCACCGACGAUCUCCUGACCUACGGAGAGGAGGAAAUUCUGCUCAUCUUUGGCCAUUUGGAGGCCAUUCCGUCCAUAGCAAGGGAGGUCUCCCGGGAAGGAGCUGAUGUCCGAGGAAGCUUGAUAGUGGAGUGGAGGGAUCUCAAAUCCGAUUACUACAGCAUGAACGGAUUCAAGGAGGUGAUCAGCCAUAUAUGUAAGUACAAGCAGAAGUUCCCCCUGCUAAAUAGGAUUGUGCAGAUUCUCAAGGUUUUGCCAUCCUCGACGGCUUGCUGCGACAAGGGCCGCAUUGCCCUGCAGAAAGUACGGAAAAACAACCGGUCCCGCCUCACUCUGGAUCAGGUGAACGACCUGCUGACGCUGGCGGUGAACGGGCCGCCUAUAGCGAGCUUUGACGGCAAGCGGCCAUUGGACAGCUGGUUCGAGGAAAAGUCGGGGAACAGUUACUCUCUGUCGGCAGAGGUGUUGAGCAGGAUGUCGGCGGCAGAGCAGAAGUCAGUCCUGCAUGGCCUGGACUCGAGCACCGAGUUUUAUCCUGAUGUUUGACGUUCAGGCUCCCGCUGGGACCGAUCAACUUCGAAAAGCCAUCAAAAAAAAGAAACUUUGCUGAUGGACUAAUCAAGAUAUCACGCGAUAAUGAAACCAAUUGACAGUAGCACUGCUGCUAAUAUGGACUGCACAGGUGUGUAUGAUACAUGGGGAGUAACGUAUAUUAGCUUGGUUAUUAUGCUGAAUUUAAGUAUAUUAAGUCUAUAUUGCAGAUGGUAUACAAAGCCAAUUCAUUCUACCUUCAAUAGAGCCACAUACCAAAUUGUAUGUAUCCUUAAAAUAGUUUUUUUGUAUUUUUAUGUCUUUUGUAGGGGUUAACAGAAACAUAUCCAGAGCACAUUUUCACUGGGAUAUUUUAUAAGAUUAUCCGUUUCCUAAGAUGGAAGAGUAACACGAGUUACGCAAUGUUUCCUCUAUAUCAUCCUAUAUGGUAGGAUCGCCUCUGGCUCUCAUUAGUUGAAGCCGAUUAUGACUCCCAUGGUAAUGUUCCACUUAAAUUCUAGCUGCUGAUCACAGGAAAGUACUGGCUGCACUUUUUAAUAAUUAAAAAACAGCUUCUGCCUCAAGAAAGCGUGAGGUUUGCCGUCUUAUAGUGUAGGUGCAGUGAUUAAAAUAUAACUUCAGUCUGCUCAGAUUGGGAUAAUGUUUAAUAAGGCAUUUGCGAAGUUCAACUAGUGAAACUGUUUCCUAAAGUCUUGGAAAUCCGUUUACACAGAAAUAAUCAAGCUUGACAGUUAGUGAUUAGAGAAGGAAACCUUCUGGACUUACUGUAAGUGAGACCAAAACUGGCUAACCUGAACAGAAGAUGCAUUUUUUAUGUGUAAACUGAAAACAUGUUCAGUUUUCCACCUUAAAAUAUUCAGGGACAACUUCCAUUUCAUUCUUUAAAGACACUUCAGCAAUCUGUGGGAUGAAAUGUAAACUGACUGCAGCCCAGAGGGCUUUUGAUAUUCUUUUGACUUCUUGUGGCGUGCAGGUGACGAGGAAAACAAAGUUCAGACUGCUUUGAAAUCAGUUUCUUUAAAACUCUGGGAGUGGCUUUUAAAAAACAGGACAGUUGAAGUUAUGUUUGUUCUCUGUGACAGUUGUCUAGAGAAACUGAAUAAGGAAGGGGUCCCUGAAGUCUGAAUGAUUAGUUUUUCGUUUCAUUGGUAUUUUAUUUUUAAAGCCAUAUAGACGUGGAGAGAAAGGGGACACAAAACCAGUUUGUCAUUUCUUUGUUUGCAGGUGUUGCCACUGACUAAAGAAUUAAUACGUUUAAUUUCCUUUUUUAUGUACAACGCUGUACAUAAAAGGUUCUUAGCACGUUGUGGGGUAAUAAUUACAAAUCUUUGGUAAAAAGCUUUUUCUUUGUUCCAAAAAUUACAGACGUCUGUUGUAUGUAUAUAAAAGGGGGUUUUACAUUGUUGAACCUGGCAUUUAUUAAUAUGAAUACUCGCACUUAUGCUUAAAAAGUGUAUGCCUUAUUAAUGCAAUCAGCUGGCAGUGUACAUGCUGCUAACACAAAAUAUGUACACGCAUAUACUUAACACAGUUUUAUUUCUUGUGCAAUCUUGUGCACCUAUUACCUUAAAUCGUUGAAAUCAUAUUAGAUAAGCUAAGUGUGAUCACACUUCUUUUAGUCUGCAAAUGGAAACGUCUAUUUUCACCAACAUCAACCUUACUGUUUCUCCCUGCUGGAGUAAUAGUGCACUAAUGGACAUUUUCAGCAGGUGUCAGUGUGUCAUACUAUAAUACAGUGGACAGGCACAGUGAUUGUGCUGUCUUGAAAAACAGUGAAACACCUAAACAGUAGCAAAUAAUAAGCAAUCUGACUUGAUCUUGGAGAUCUUGUGGAAAAUCCUAGGAUAAAGUGACAAUUAUUUAAAUGUUGAUUUAGAGCUUUAAAAUUGUACAAUGAUUUCUGUCUCCUCCCCCCCCCCCGCCUCACACGCACAUACAUCGUUUUAUUCGGUCUGUUCUUUUUAUUUUUAUUUUCCACUUUUCCAAAGUGUCUCGUGGUCUCCGUGGUCACAGACAUUAAACAAAUGACCAGAGUGCUUUUGGGUGGCCAGUGGUUCAAAACGCGCUUGCCAAAUCCUGUUUUUCAAAGUUAUGGGAAAUCGAUCAGACUGUGUCAAGUGGGUUAAUUGUGAGGGGGGAUAAUUUGUGUUUUUUUAAUUGCUAUUUUUGUAAUCUGUAAUCACUUUAUGAGGUAACUGGAUAAGAAAACAGUUAUCGCAAGCCUACAAGCACUUAGAUUUAACAAUGCAGUACUUCUACAGGCAGCAGAGGCCUGACAAGAAUGGAGAGUGAUAUGAACAAAUGAAUGAAAUGUGACUGCUCCCGAGACUCUGCAUGACUGUUUCUGUUCAAACUAAAUAUCUGUAGAUAUAAAAGUAUAUACAAGUUGAAAUAUUUAUAUAUAUACACAGUGACAUGAUUUGUUUUCUUUGUUUUGCUAAAUUGCCUUUGAAGAUUAUAAUAACUGUUUUUAAGAUUGAUGAGUAUUUCAGCCUUGGGAUGAAUUGAUAUUGGAAUUGUGGAAAACUGGGAAGGAUUGUUAUGUGUGAAGCCAUUAUUUGUAACCAAUAAAUAAAGCUAUACGUAGAAGCGCAGCCUAGUUCCCAUUCAAAAGCAUACCUGUUCCAGGUUGACAUCUUUUUAAUUUUUGUUUUUUUCAUUUUGGAAGCUGAACUCAAGUUUAUUCAUCUCCUUUAGCUCCAGAUUUUGUGAAUUGGGCUGUUUUAUAUCCAGCCACUGCCUUGAAUUUGGUUAAAACAAAAUCAUCCUAUUAUUUCACUGUAGUGAAAAGCACCUUUUAAAGGAACUCCAAAUUCCCAAACACCUGUGUCUUGGACUAUUAGCAAAAACAACAGUAAAAAAAAAACAUUUCGAGUAUAUAUUUCUCUUAACAUCUGCUGAAAUGGAGCCACUCAGCUUGAAUCUCUUCCAUUUUACUCCGUUUCAGUUCUUUAAUGUGUCCCAACAGCUUGAUUGUCCUUCCGAUUGUGUUAAUUAUCUAUUUAGUCAUUCAGAGCCCUGUUUUAGCUAAAUUCCAGCACAGAGAGAAAGGAGAUGGGAGCUGAUGCAAAGAUUUUAAAAAUGGGUAUGCUUUCGAAGUGCUAGGUGGACUCUGUUAUCUCACAAUGAGGUAUAUUUUAGGAAUAAAUAAGCUCAUUUUAGAUACAAUUGGCUGUAUCGCCAUUUUAAACUUGUCUUACAUUUCCACCUUUUUUUAAAUGGUUUACUAAGAAACACAUUUUGGUGGAAUCAGACAGCCAUAUUAGCAUUUGCUACUUCUUAGAAAGAAUGUUUUGCUGUGUCUGAUUGGGGUUAAUGAGCCGGCUGUAAAAUUUUAUGACUAAUUGUUUUGUGAAUGCCUCUGUCUCCCCAGUUAUUUCACAGUUGCAUUGCUAGCUACACAGUAACACUACAGUAGCAGUCAUGCUUAUUCAUGUUUAGUGAUGAUCUGAUAUCUAUAGGCAUCCUUUGGUGUUGUACCUGUAUGGGAGAAUAAUUUCAUAUUCAUUCUUAUUGUUAAAGUUAAACAUUUUUAUAGCUGCAGUAGAAGUAGGAGAAAUUUCCUACACACUUACAAUUGCUGUAUAGUAUGUAUGGAAGUAUGUAUGUUACAUCACAUCUGCUCAUGAAUACUGCAAAGAAAAACUUUCCCCAGCCAUGAGCUGGAAAAGAGCUCAACAGAAAGGGUCUUUAGUUCUUCUUUUAAAACACCUUAAAAAAUCCCCUAAUCUUUUUUUUUCUUUUUAAGAAUAAUUCCUGUUUUAAGUUUUUCUUAUUGCACCAAAAUGCUAGAUCCAAAUUUAGGAUUAUUGCUAAAUGCCUGAAAGUAAUAAUAAAUAUUAUGGCAAAUGAAAGUAAUUAAUUUUUUAGGGGUGAGAAAGCAUACUAUCUUAAGCUCGCUAAAAAAAAAUCUCUUUGCAAUUUUCUUUGGACUGAUUUGUGUGAAUGAUUGACAUUUCCAUUUAUAGAACUAUAUUAUUUGUCAUAAGUGUAUCAACAGUGAAAAGACAACUUGUGUUUGUAAAACCACCCAUAAACAUGUUUGUGGAUUUGUGUGCUAUACUUAAUUAUACCUGUGUGAAAGCUAUAAAAAUAUAUGAGCAUUUAACACUGGAGAUAUACAAAACUAUAUAUAGAAAUAUAUAAUUAUAUAUAAAAUAUCAACCCACUCAAAUUUACAUUGUUAUAUUAUACUUGUUACAUCAA